GGCCGCCAAGAAGGCGACAACUCAAGAAGGUCCGAUGAGCUAUCAGUUCACCUGGAAGGAGAAGUUGGCCAGUUAUAAGAACGAGUUCUCUAAAGGUGUGUGGGGUUAUUGGGAGCUCGGCGCCUGGAAGCCCCUUGCCCUUUCCGCCCGCAAGCGCGCCGCCAUCCGCAAGGAGGUUCUACUCGCCGGAGAGGUCUGGCCUUACGAUCCGCCUAAGAAGGAGAUGCGAAACAAGAGGAAAGGCCACAAGUGCGAUCGCGUUUCUGCUGAGAAGCGGGCACAUACUGCAGAGCUGAUGAAGAAGAUGCCCGAUAUUCUGUUGGAUUACAAG